AUGGAAGAUGAUCUUAUGUCUUUAUAUUCUGCUUCAUUUAUUGCUAGCCUUCUGUCUUCCGAACCUGGGAAUGUCAUGAAAGGAGUAGGAGGUAUCGGUUUGGGUGCAGCAGAAGCUCUCUAUGUUGCAAGUUGUUAUGGCUGUGGAUUAUUUCGCAUAAACCUAAAAGUUGUUGUAGGACUCAAUGGUUGGCUUCCUGACUCAAGAAGUUUACAAAACAAUAUGGUAUUUAGUUCUGGAAAUGCAAAUCGUGCUGCAUCGCUACCAAUCUUACUUACACAUGGAACUUUCUUAGAUAAUCAUGGAACUAGUUUAAAUGCCAUGUACAGGGAAUAUAAACUGAAUGAGGUUUGUGAAUGGCUCAGCCAAAACCUUCAGCUAUGA